UCAGUGUAAACCGCUAGGUGACUGAAGAACUGGCAAAGAACACACCACAGUGAAAGUAGAAUGCUUUCUUCGCAAAAUCACUUCUUACGCAUAAAAUUCAUACUACUGUUGUCUGUAUAUUUUGGAAGUCUGUAUUGUGGAUUGAUUGAUGCGAAAGAAAACCAAGUGAAAAAAUCUACUGCUGUUGCUGCGAUUAAAACGUCAUUAACUAUGAAGAUUGAACCUUCUAUGAAGAUGGCCCGAUUUCGAGAGAACCAUGCAACUAAGACAUUAGCGGCAAGCUUGGAAUUCAUGUCAAUUUAUUCCACAUCCAAAGUGUCAACAGGACAAGAAACAAGGAAUCUAGAAAAGUCAAGUUUUUCUGAAGCCGUAAUGCGACAGUCACGUAUAACAAAACCCUGGCGCAGUUCUACUUCCCUAAGCAGCAAUGCAUUGACUUCGCGAGUCAAUUCAGAUCUACCGCAUGCUAAAACGUCCAUAAAUUUCUUGCCGAAACUUCCAUUUUCUGUUGUUCCAUUUUUACCGAAUCGGACAAAUCAUUUUCAGUUGAAUUCGACCGCCGCUCCAACAACGCCGAGCUACGAUGAAAAUGGAGACUGUUCCUCGGAAAAAACGGUUGAGAAAUCAUGCGACACUUAUGUAACCAAAUGGGUCAACUUUUACGUGAAUAUUGGAGGAUGGAUAAUGCUGGCAGUUGUUCUUGUCGGAAUUACGGUGUUGGUUUCAACUCAUUUUCAUGCCAGGAAGAAAACGAAAGAGUUGAAGAGAUUACCGCAAUUAAUGUACAAUGAAAUACGUCGCAACCGAGGACGCUGGGUGUAGAAAAAAGCGCCAAAAAAUUGAUGAGUAAAGUAUCGGAGAGACCUUCAUCUUGCGAUGGCCGAGUCAGAAUAUCAUUUUACUUUAUUGAGUUUGUUACACCGUAGUAUCAGCAACUGGAGAAGAAAACAGGACGAUGUUCUUUUUUUCCUAGUACGGUCUACGUCACUGAAGACAUGAACGUAACAUCAAUGUUAGAGUUAUUGUAUGAAAUGCCACACAGAACUUUAAUAUAAUCUAUACUGGCUCUAACGUUAAAUGUUAAACUUCGUUUGAGCCAAAAAACUGCGUUAAAUAUUAACUAUAGUCUGCGCUUUAAGUUGUGAUUUAGCACAUGGACUUGACGAAAGUGGUAGACCAGUACGCUAUCACAAUUUUUUGCAAUGCAACAGCAUUUUUGUUCAAUAAAUGUAAGAAAUGGUGCUCAUGCAAUCUACCGUCAUGUAAAAAAUUAUAACAUAACCAACGUAAAGCGCGCGCUCUGAUUGGUCAAUUUAGCGUCCACCAUUUGCCCAU